UACUGCCGCAUUCCCCACUUCCCUUUUACCUUCUCAAUCCCUAAGCAUUCUUGUCCAACCUACGAUCUUUUCUCCUACUUCACGUUUUUUUUCUUGAUCUCUUCACACUGGCGAACCCCAUCUAUGCCGACGAACCCCUCAAACGCCUUUGUGUUUUCCCCCCUUCAUGUUUUCCUUCUUGAACCUAAACGCCUAAACCUCUUCCUGAACCCUAAGCGGCAAAACACAUCUCCGUCUAACCUACGAUCUCUUCACCUAGCUCUUUGCAUUUUGAUGAACUGGGAGGGGGCGAGCUUCCCCUUUGCAUUCUUUUCCUCGCCCCGCAUGUUGCCACCGAAGCCCUCUUCCAUAGCCUCGCCAUUGCCAGUAGCCUCCCGACCCUCCUCCAGCUCAGCUUUCGCCAACGAGCUCUUCUUCAUCCUAUAAGAGGAAGGCGGAACGAAUUUGUGCUUCUUUUGUUGUUGUAAUUUUUUUUCCUUCUUUCAAUGUUUUCUGGGAUUUUCGGCGCUGCGAGAGCUUGCUUGAAUGACGCUGAUUUGCAUCCCGGAGGUGGAUGAAAUUGUCUGUCCUCAUCCUCAUUGGAUGGUGGUUUUGGUGUUGGCAGCUGAUUUGAUGCGGAGGUUGAGUUGCAGAUGCCAUAAAAUCAGAGGACUGUGGGUGGCACAAGAUUGAUUGCGGGACGAUGGAUGUGAAGAACUUUGUGAAUUUUAUUGUUUGUCUGAGUUUGGUCCUUACUUUGCCGAUGUACGGAUCUGGUGGGAGGAUAAGAGCGGGGAACUUGUCAUUCGAAUUGGGAAAUUCUGAGCUGAUAGAUUCUUCUCAGAUGAUGAGUGCACGAUUCUCAAGUAUGUUUAUUAUACAAGAAUCCAAUGUUUUUUACACAGGCGAAAAAAGAGUACAUUGCCUGUCUCAAAUCUUUUGGUUACCAAUUAGAAAAAUGCAGGCACCUAUCGAAGAAAUACUUGCAAUGCCGAAUGGAAAGAUUGUGCCUUGUGCAUUGUUAGCACUCCACUAUGAAGAACACUCCUUCUCAGAAAUAAUCUAGAGGUGAAAAAACCUCGUACAAGUUCACAUACAAAAAUACAAUGAAAAUAAGAUGUAAAUACAUAAUACAAAUUAAAAUCUUUCUUUCUUGAUCUCUUGUUGCUUGAAAUACCUCUUAUAGACUAAAAAAUGUAGCCACAUUUCUCUCAAAAACUUUCAAGAACUGGUGAUGAAGAGUGGAGAAGAAGAGAUGUUGAAUCCCCUGUGAAAACACCUUUUAUCCCAAGAUCUAGGGUUCCCAAUCGAAUGAUCUUACUCCAAAUUGAUUGCCACAUCAGAUUCAUCCAUUUAAACCUCCCAAUAACUCUUUCUUGCUUCUCCCAAUCGAUUACCUAAUCGAUUAUGCAGCUUUAAUUGACCACUUGAUCGAUUCAAAAGCUCACUGUUCGCUCGUCAUUUUCUCCCAAUUGAUUAGGCACAUUCCCAAUCGAUUUAGUACAACACUGUGCUUCACGAAACUUUAUUCCAAUCGAUUAACCAAUCGAUUGGAAAGGAUUGAAUCAAUUGGUGAAUCGAGUCAGCACCUCUCUAUGCUCCUGCGACGAUUGCCCCAUCAAUUGCCUAAUCGAUUGGGGAAGACUUAAUUAAUUGGUCAAUUAAUUCAAGUCUUCUUCUUUUUUCACAACAAACAGCUCCUAAUCUAUCAUCUGAUCGAUUGGGUUUUGUCAAAUUGAUUGGGUAAUCUAUUACCCAUUUAUAACUCAUUUAAUCUUAGUUUAGAGUUUCCUUGCCUAACAUUCGGUCAACUAUGACCUAUUAGGACUUCUCCACUAAGUGUUUGGUUGACCUUUGACCAACUUGGACUUUGUCAACUUUCUGUUGGACUUCUGAUCACCAAGUGUGGUCCUCCUUGCCCACUUGAACUUUUCUCUUGUCUAUCUGUAGUUAGAACUUUCCUCUUGUCAACAUGUAGUCAUCCUUGACCUACUUGAACUUUUCUUUAUCUAACCACAGUUAGGACUUUUCUUUACCAACAUGCGGUUCUCCUUGACUGGUCACUUGGACUUUUCUUUGCCUAACCGCAGUUAGGACUUUUUUUUAACAAUGUGCUAUCCUCCUUGACCCGCUUGACUUCUCUCUCACACAUUGUCAAGUAUUUGAUCAACCUUGCCCUACUUAACCUCUUCUUACAUAUUGUCCAAAUAUCAAAAUUCAAGCUCGAAUCCACUAGAGCUUAGUCAAACUGUUCAAUCUUGAUCCAAGGAAGAUUGCAUUAAAUAAUCUCCCCCUUUUUGAUAUUUGAUAAUAUAUUUAAGUUAGGAUAACCCAUAUUAGCCCAACUUCAUUCUUCAUCUCAUGCCAAAGCAUGAAUGUGAGUUUCCAACUUAAACCCUAUAUUUUCUCCACAUAUAAAAAAUUCUUCACCUUAAGAGUCAAUUUUAUCAAAGGAACUCAAUGAAAGUCUUAUACCUUUCAUUGUUUCUUAUGCUCACCCUUAAGCAUAUAUCAUAUGCUCACCCUAGAGCAUUCAUUCAUUACAAUAAGGGUGCGUUUGGUUGGGGGUUGUUCUGAAUAACCUUGGUUAUCCAUCCAAUGUUAUCAACAAAAAUCCUGUUUGGUUUAGGUAAUUGAUGAUUUUCGAGUAAUGUUCCAUGCCCGACAUGUCAGCAAAAGAGGCAUGCAACCAGGAAUCGGAAAACCUCGGAAAACUGAGGUUUUUCUUGAUUCCAGGGUUAACGAAUUUCUUUUUUACUCAAAAUACCCUUGGAUAAGAGAAAAAUGUGACAAAAAAGAAAAGCAUAAAGAAAAAACAGAAAAAAAAUAAAAAAAAAUAAAAUUUUAAAUUAAAAAAAA